AUGGAGGAGGUGAUGGAGGAGGUGAUGGAGGAGGUGAUGGAGGAGGUGAUGGAGGAGGUGAUGGAGGAGGUGAUGGAGGAGGUGAUGGAGGAGGUGAUGGAGGAGGUGAUGGAGGAGGUGAUGGAGGAGGUGAUGGAGGAGGUGAUGGAGGAGGUGAUGGAGGAGGUGAUGGAGGAGGUGAUGGAGGAGGUGAUGGAGGAGGUGAUGGAGGAGGUGAUGGAGGAGGUGAUGGAGGAGGUGAUGGAGGAGGUGAUGGAGGAGGUGAUGGAGGAGGUGAUGGAGGAGGUGAUGGAGGAGGUGAUGGAGGAGGUGAUGGAGGAGGUGAUGGAGGAGGUGAUGGAGGAGGUGAUGGAGGAGGUGAUGGAGGAGGUGAUGGAGGAGGUGAUGGAGGAGGUGAUGGAGGAGGUGAUGGAGGAGGUGAUGGAGGAGGUGAUGGAGGAGGUGAUGGAGGAGGUGAUGGAGGAGGUGAUGGAGGAGGUGAUGGAGGAGGUGAUGGAGGAGGUGAUGGAGGAGGUGAUGGAGGAGGUGAUGGAGGAGGUGAUGGAGGAGGUGAUGGAGGAGGUGAUGGAGGAGGUGAUGGAGGAGGUGAUGGAGGAGGUGAUGGAGGAGGUGAUGGAGGAGGUGAUGGAGGAGGUGAUGGAGGAGGUGAUGGAGGAGGUGAUGGAGGAGGUGAUGGAGGAGGUGAUGGAGGAGGUGAUGGAGGAGGUGAUGGAGGAGGUGAUGGAGGAGGUGAUGGAGGAGGUGAUGGAGGAGGUGAUGGAGGAGGUGAUGGAGGAGGUGAUGGAGGAGGUGAUGGAGGAGGUGAUGGAGGAGGUGAUGGAGGAGGUGAUGGAGGAGGUGAUGGAGGAGGUGAUGGAGGAGGUGAUGGAGGAGGUGAUGGAGGAGGUGAUGGAGGAGGUGAUGGAGGAGGUGAUGGAGGAGGUGAUGGAGGAGGUGAUGGAGGAGGUGAUGGAGGAGGUGAUGGAGGAGGUGAUGGAGGAGGUGAUGGAGGAGGUGAUGGAGGAGGUGAUGGAGGAGGUGAUGGAGGAGGUGAUGGAGGAGGUAAUGGAGGAGGUGAUGGAGGAGGUGAUGGAGGAGGUGAUGGAGGAGGUGAUGGAGGAGGUGAUGGAGGAGGUGAUGGAGGAGGUGAUGGAGGAGGUGAUGGAGGAGGUGAUGGAGGAGGUGAUGGAGGAGGUGAUGGAGGAGGUGAUGGAGGAGGUGAUGGAGGAGGUGAUGGAGGAGGUGAUGAGGAGGUGA